GGCAGCAUUUGUUGGAAGAAGAGAGGAGAGGAGAGAAGAGGGGAGAGAGAGAGAGAGAGAUGAGCGACGGAGGAAAGCGACAAGGUGGGAGAGGAUUGGGUGGACCUCCGAGAGGACCUCCACCACCACCCUCUCGUCCUCCUCGCCUUGAACCUGUUGAUCGCGAAAAGACUUGUCCCUUACUCCUUCGCGUCUUCACUAAGAUUGGAUCUCACCAUUCCAUGGAAGACUUCGCUGUUCGCGGCAAGGAGCCCAAGGACGAAGUCCAGAUUUAUACUUGGAAGGACGCCACUCUCCGCGAAUUAACCGAUCUUGUCAAAGAAGUGGCUCCCGCUGCCAGAAGAAGAAACGCCAAGCUCUCCUUUGCUUUUGUCUUUCCUGAUAAAAAUGGUCGUUUCAAAGUUCAAGAGGUGGGUAAAACAUUAUCUUAUGGAAACGGAAGAUUAGAUGAUGGCAAGGCUUUAGCUGAACUUGGUUUUGAGAUCGGUGAUUACUUGGAUGUGGCUAUUUUGUAGGUUAUUGAGGAUGACAUCACAACUUUUGUUAUGUGUUUUAGCUGCUUGUGUGUGGCCUUGAAACACUAGGCCUAAAAGCCUAUUUAGGAGUUAAAAGACUGUACUUACAGAAAUGUUUAGCUGUUAAUGUCACAUGCUAUAAAAAUGAUCCAAUAUCUUUGGUUGCAAAAAUGAUAGAUUGACGACUUGAU